AAGUACUCAACUUCACAAAAACACAUUCCAAAUACUCCAUCAAAAAGCACUUGAAAGAAAAAAAAAUUCUUUUGUCAUAGGAAAAUGGAAGGUCCAAAGACUUCUUCAUCUAUGAAUAAUUUUGAAGCUGCAACAAAUCAAGAAGAGAGUGGAUGGACGACUUAUUUGGAUGAUUUUUCAUUAAUGAACCAAAGGGAAAAUAGAUCAUCUAAUUCUGAGGAUGAUAGUUUUGGCAACCCUUCUUUGCUAUCUGAUGCUGCUUCUCAUGUUAAGAGAUUGAAUUUGAAGAAGCCAAGAAAUAAGAAAAUCUCUGAUCCUGAUUUGGAAGACACUGCUAGUUCACCUGUCAACAGUCCUAAGGUAAGCAGUUUUAAGCAGAUGGACAUCAAUUACAGAAGAACAGAAAACAAUAGCGGAAACUUUCUGGGAAAUGAAGGAAGCUCAAGACAAAUAAUCCAAGAAAUGCAGAAUGUAGAGAGAGGCCACAGCAUAUCUUUUGAAAAUAAUGGCUAUACUGACCUGAAGAAGAAAGGACUUUGUCUUGUGCCUUUAUCCAUGUUUGUCAACUACAAGGGCUGAUUCUCCCCCACCCCCACCCCACCCUGUCCAUGUAAAAAUUUGUACAUUUUUUUUUCUCUAGUCCAUGUAAAAAUCUAACUCUUAUUUUUAAAGGAUAUAGAAGAUCAUUAUGAGAUAAUGAAGUGGUCUCAUUACAUCAUUAUCCUUGUAAGUUGUGAUCCACCUACGGAAAGGAAAAAAGGUAACAAAAAGAAAUU